GGUAAGUGGAGCGGUUGUAUCCUGAUGUUGUCACCGGCGUUGGCGUCUUGGUGACUGGACUCAUUGGGGAGUCCAUCCUGAAAGGGGUCUCUAUGGACUGAAUUCACGCUUUCUGGCAUUCAAUGGAGGUUUCAGUCAAGAACAGAUGGAAUGGCUAAACAAGAUACUCACUUUCUCUGAUAAUAACCAGGAAAAGGUUACAGUCAUUGAUAGUGGCAAAGUAUGUGGACUUUAAGUUCAUGAAAGAAUGGCAACUGACGCAGAUGAGCCAAACAAACUGAAUUUUACUUUCGGUGUCAUAGCAGACAUUCAAUACGCCAAUACAGACAAUGGUUAUAAUGGCGCACACACAAUGAGACGUUAUUACAGGAACAGCCUCCAUUUACUGUGCAGUGCUGUCAGGGGAUGGAAUGAAGAAGUGAACACUCCCAGCUUUAUCCUGCAGCUUGGAGACAUCAUUGAUGGAUGCAAUUUGCAGCUAAAGUCCUCAGAUCAUGCACUUCAAGUGGUCUUAGAUGAAUUUUCAAAGUGUUCAUCUCCUGUGCACCAUAUCUUGGGUAACCAUGAAUUGUAUAAUUUUGAUAGGGAACUAUUACUUAAAUCAGCUCUCAAUAGCACGUGCCUGGGAAACAAAGAUAGCAGUAUUGAGACCUGGUCCAAACCUAAUGACUCAGAGGCAUUUUAUGGCUACCAUUUUAGUCCUUUCCCUAAGUUUCGAUUCAUAAUCACCGACUCAUACGACCUUAGCAUUUUGGGAAGGAAAUAUUCCAGCAAGAAACAUCGUGACUCGAUGGAAAUACUGAAGUCAUACAACAAAAAUGAAGAUUUUAAUAGCUCAAAAGGGCUCAAUGGGCUGGAAAAACGUUUUGUGGCAUUUAAUGGAGGUUUCAGUAAGGAACAGUUGGAUUGGCUGAACAAAAUAUUAACUUUCUCAGAUCGUAACCAGGAGAAGGUUACAAUUGCUGCUCAUGUUCCAAUCCAUCCACAGUCUGCAAAUUCACAUGGAAUUGCAUGGAACUACGAUGAGAUCCUGUCAGUGUUGCAUGCACACACGAGUGUUGUGUGUUUUCUGGCAGGACAUGACCACAGUGGAGCUUACUGCUUGGAUUGCCAUGGAAUUCACCAUCUUACAUUCGAAGGUGUGAUUGAAACACCACCAGAGAGCCAUGCAUUUGCAACUAUCUAUGUAUAUGAUGACAGAAUGAUUGUCAAGGGAAGAGGCAGGAUUCAAGACAGGAUUCUUCACUACAAGAAAAUCUGAAUCAAAUAAUCUUUAGCUCAUCAUAGAAAUGUUAAU